GGUCAGUUCAUCCAGAAAGCUUAUAGAAAGCAAUUGGCUGAGACUAUGGGUCUUAACCGAACUCGAAUCCUCGCAUUCACCAACAAACCACCUUCUUCUACUUCUCUUCACCAUCAGCAUCAGCAUCAGCAUGAGCCUCCUCGACGCAUUCCUCAGCGUCCCGAGAGAACUUUGGAUGCUCCUGGCCUUGUGGAUGACUUCUAUCUCAACGUUCUCGACUGGAGCAGUGCUAAUGUCCUAGCCGUUGCCUUGGCCAACUCUGUUUGUCUCUGGGAUGCUUCCACUGGCUCCGUGACUACGCUUGUCACGUAUGGUGAAGACCAAGGACCUGUCACAAGUCUAAACUGGGCGCAUGAUGGUAUCAACCUUGGAGUUGGGCUCAACAAUGGUCAAGUUCACAUUUGGGACUGUGUAACCAAGACUCUACUGAGAACAUUGCAAGGCUUCCACCACACACGAGUUGGGUCCUUGGCCUGGAACACUCAUAUAUUGACAACCGGAGGAAUGGACGGACGUAUCUUCAACAACGAUGUGCGGUUCAUGUCAUACCCUGUGUCUACUUACAAGGGUCACACUCAAGAGGUCUGUGGGCUCAAGUGGUCAGCAUCUGGUCAGCAACUAGCUAGCGGCGGAAACGACCGUCUAGUACAUAUAUGGGAUCGUUCUACUAGUACGCAGUGGCUGCACAGGCUCAGGGGGCAUACAUCUGCAGUUAAGGCUCUCGCUUGGUGUCCUUUCCAAAGCGAUUUGCUUGCAUCUGGCGGUGGUGCAGAAGAUAGGAAGAUCAAGUUCUGGAACACUCGCACAGGGGCUUGCUUGAAUUCGCUUGACACUGCUUCCCAAGUCUCUUCUCUCUUGUGGAGCAACAAUCAAAGAGAGCUGCUUUGCUCACAUGGGUCUCAGCUCACACUGUGGAAGUACCCGUCGAUGGUGAAAAUGGCUGAGCUCUCUGGUCAUACGUCAAGAGUUCUAUCUAUGACCCAGAGUCCAGAUGGUUGUACUGUAGUUUCAGCUGCAGGAGACGAGAAUCUGUGCUUUUGGAAUGUUUUUGGACUACCUCACACCACCGCCAAAAAAAACUGUUCCAAAAGCAGCUCAUGAGCCGUUUUCUCAUGUCGCUCGUAUUCGUUGAAAACUCAACUACCAGAGGUUGACAAUGAAAAGAUAGAGUGCGAGGCUUCUGCAUAUCAGAAGAAACUUUUAAUGAAGAGGGUUGAGGAUUCGCUUGGAAACAUGAAGUCGCGUGCAGUGCACAACUCAGUGAUGGAGCUUCGGAAUAUAUAUCACAAUCAUCCAUAUCUCAGCCAACUUCAUACAGACGAGGGUCUGCGUAAAUCACUCUCUCUCUCUCUGGUCAAUAGCUGAGCAUUAUCUGCCUCCGGUAAUAAGACUGUGUGGGAAGCUUGAGAUGUUGGACCGGCUCUUACCCAUUAUCUUCCUGAGCAUUAUGCUGCGCCAGUGUUGCCUUAAAUGAUAUUAUAUCCCCAAGGAUAAUCAUUGCUUGUAGAAUAUUACCUGUGCAUAUAUAUAUAUAUAUUGGCUUAAUUUGGUUUCUCACUAUGGUUACAGGGGUCAAGGUCAAAAAUUUCUGCACCUAUCCCCGCUCGUCUUGUUUGCAAGAGAGAGGAUGAGUUUGAAAAGAUUUGUCAGACCGAUUCUCCCAAAGGCCAAAGGCAAGGAAGGACUGAGCCAAAUGCUACAUCAAAUAUUCUGGGUGCUGAAAAGAGUUUGGCAACUGGUAAAAUUAGAUAACCUGCCUGGAAGCACUAGACAAUCACAGCAGCCACUACAGAACCUGUAAAACGGGGACGUGGCAGGCCACAAGCAACAGGGGAUGCGAUGCUAGAUCAUCAUCAGUUAUUGGUUCCGAUGUUGUCUUACUUCCCCAAAAUUACAUCGGUUUGGAAAUAAAAUGCGAUGUUGUUGUCCAAGAUCAACCCCAUUUCAACCCGUCAGUUGCACAGUCGUCUGCCAGGAAAAAAGAAAUGAAACAUUAGGUAUUGGUGGUUCUGGAAGGAAACAAACUACUGAUGUUGCUCGUGUCAUUUUCAGAGAAAAGCAUAAAGUUGGGGAGCCUUCUGAUACAACGGUAACAAUUGAGCCAGAUGGAAAAUCUGAAUAUGCACAUAGCCAAGACCAGCA